AUGCUAACCAUUAAUGCCUCUGGUUCGCCGCACGAGAUCGGGUUUGAGCAUGGUCGGCAGGCGGCCCCUCUCGUUGCGCGGUCCAUUACCUUCUACACGGGCCUCUUCCAGAAGAAGUCGAAGAUGGACUGGUCACAAGUGAGGCAGACCGCCCUCAAGUGGGUGCCUCAUUUAGAUGCGCACUACCCAGCACUCGCAAAGGAGAUGAAGGGUCUCGCUGAGGGUGCUGGCGUGGAGUACUCAGAUAUCCUGGCACUGAACAUCCGAACGGAGAUUGCCUUCGGUAUGUUCAGUGACGGCUGUACGGCCUUGUCCUGGAAGACAGAAGAGAAGAGCUUCCUUGGUCAGAACUGGGAUUGGAUGCCUGCACAAAAAGAGAAUCUGAUCAUCGCCAACAUUGCCCAGAUUGGCAAGCCCAACAUCAGCAUGGUCACGGAAGCCGGCAUCAUUGGCAAGAUCGGGCUGAACAGCGCCGGUGUUGGUGUCUGCCUGAAUGCAAUCCGUAUUCAGGGAUGUGACUUCUCGCGAACUCCAGUCCACCUCUGUCUGCGACUCAUUCUCGAAUCCACGUCACUCGAUGCUGCCGUGACAGCUGUAGAGCAGUACGGUUGCGCAGCUGCUGCUCAUAUGUUGAUCGCAGACCCCAACGGCUCGAUGGGCCUGGAGCUGACGCACAAGACUGUGGUCAAGCUUCCGAUGGACGGCAAGAGCCGUGUAUUCCACUCGAACCAUCUUCUGCAGACGCCCAGCUGGGUGACAGACGAUGGGAUGGCUCUGGGCGACAGCAAGGAGCGCGUUGUUCGCAUUCGGCAACUUUCGGAUAAGCUCGGCGCCUUCCCCGACGAGGAGGACAUCAAGACUGUGUUCACGGACGAGGACGGAUACCCUGGUUCCAUCAACCGUGCUUGCGAGGGAAAGAGCGAGAGCGCAACCUUGUUUAAUAUUGUGAUGGAUCUGACUGCAAAGACCGCCGAUGUUAUCAAGGGUCGGCCGACGGACCCAGACGAGAACAUCAAGCUAUCCUUUGCGUAA